AUAAAUACAAGUUUUCCAAAGUCUCUGGGGGCGGAGCCUGUCGACCUUGGAAAUUGUCGUGCUGAGAGUGUGCGUUGUCAUCUUUCCUUGAGUCACUGUCCAUAAAGCAGAUGAGGAUGACAAACCUUGACGAAAGUUGAAGGCACUGCGCAGCAUCAGCAUCAGCAGCAGCUGGCGGACAGGUGGCUGUCAUCAUCACCGCACAUGGACGUCCCGAGACCCGAGAUGUCUGAUAUAAAACUGCAGCUGAGCGCAGGGGGAGGAGCAGAGAGAGGAAUCCACGCUGACUCCUGAGGAGACAGGCCACUCAAAUAGAACGAGAGACGCGUCGGGCGUGUGUGUGUGUGUGUGCGCGCGUCCAGUCCAGCAUCAGACGAGGAGAGAGAGACGAGAGAGAGAGAGACGCGUCAGCCGCCUGACCGAGCGGUCCUCCCUCCCUGAAGUUUGACAGCGGGCCACAGACGGAGUUGUGCUCCGCCGCAGACAUGGAGCCUCGGAAGUCCACAGGAUGUGUAUUGAUUGGAUUCUACCUGUGGGCGACCUUCUGCUGUCAAGGCUGUUAUGGUGGUGUGCACCAAAGGAAGCUGUACCGCGACCUUCUGGUCAACUACAAUCGUCUGGAGAGACCGGUCCAGAACGACUCAGCACCCAUCGUGGUGGACCUCGGCCUCACACUGCUACAAAUCAUUGAUGUGGAUGAAAAGAACCAAGUGCUGAUCACAAAUGCCUGGCUGCAGCUGUCCUGGACAGACACAUACCUGUCAUGGAAUCCAGAGAGCUACCCCGGGGUUCAGAACCUUCGUUUCCCUUCUAAUCUGAUAUGGGUCCCAGAUAUCCUCCUCUACAACAGUGCCGAUGAGAGGUUUGAUGCUACGUUCCAUACAAAUGUGCUGGUCAAUGCGACAGGAUCCUGCCAGUACAUCCCACCAGGCAUCUUGAAGAGUACCUGCUACAUCGAUGUUCGGUGGUUCCCAUUUGAUGUGCAGAAGUGUGACCUGAAGUUUGGUUCCUGGACUCACAAUGGCUGGCUGCUUGACCUCCAGAUGAUGGACGUCGACAUCUCUAGCUACAUACCCAACGGGGAGUGGGACCUUGUAGGUGUGCCAGCCAAGCGCAAUGAGCUGUACUACGAGUGCUGCAAAGAACCCUACCCCGAUGUGACGUUCACAGUCACCAUGCGCCGCAGGACGCUGUACUACGGCCUCAACCUGCUCAUCCCCUGCGUGCUCAUAUCUGGUCUGGCCCUGCUGGUCUUCCUGCUCCCUGCCGACUCUGGAGAGAAGAUCUCACUGGGCAUCACGGUGCUGCUGUCUCUAACAGUGUUCAUGUUACUGGUAGCAGAGAUCAUGCCUGCCACUUCAGACUCUGUUCCUCUGAUUGCUCAGUACUUUGCCAGCACCAUGAUGAUUGUGGGCUUGUCUGUGGUGGUGACAGUGCUGGUACUACAGUUCCACCACCAUGACCCUCAUGGGGGAAAGAUGCCUAAAUGGGUUCGAGUCAUCCUCCUCAACUGGUGCGCUUGGUUCCUCCGCAUGAAGAAGCCUGGAGAAGAAAGCAAAGCAGCGGUGAGCUCCGGUAGCCCCCCAAAAUACAAGUACCCCCACCCUCCCCCUCACCACACCAGCACCAGCAGCAUCCAGAUGAGCACCAUACCAGGCCAGGCGUCCACUCAGUCAACCACGACCAACGGGAACAUGAACCUCUACUUUGGCUACCACUCAAUGGGCACAGACCACUCUGCUUUCCCAGCGAGCACUGAUUCCGGUGUGGUGGCGUGCGGCGGCGGAGGUGGCGGCCACCCCAACGGCUCGUCCCCACCUCACAUCCACUCAGAGCAGACGCGGACAUUGCUGCUGGAGCAGGCGCCGGAAAUUUCCCAGAUCCUGGAGGAGGUGCAUUACAUUGCCCGGCGCUUCCGCGCGCAGGACGAGGGGGACGCGAUCUGCAGCGAGUGGAAGUUUGCGGCGGCGGUGGUGGAUAGGUUAUGCCUGGUGGCCUUCUCGCUCUUCUCCAUCAUCUGCACCUUCACCAUUCUCAUGUCGGCUCCCAAUUUCAUUGAGGCCGUGUCGAAAGACUUCACAUGAGGUUGAAAUCGCCCCCUCUCGGAGAGGAGAAAAGAGAGGCAGAGCGAACAUUGCGGAUCCUGACACCACACAAGCCUCCCUGCGUCUGCAAUGUGAAGUAACACAAGUCACAGUACUUCAGAACCAAUUUUUCCCCUUUUUCUUCACAUAUUUGUCAAUAAUAUCUGGGUGUAUAUGGGUGAUGUGUUUCUUUCUUCAUUUCGAGGUGGCUCUUUUAGGUAACACCUCACAUGAUAUGCUACGUAGGCGGUCGAGGCAUGCCGUAGUUAAUUAUGUAGGAACUCACACUAAUACCCGUUUCACUUGUAUCUCACCACUAUGGCUAAUGCCUCAUCACAACAUAUUCCUCAAUCUCUCAUGCGCUUUCUUUAAAGCAUUUUUUCUCCCUCCACACUUUUCCACUGCCUUUCCCCACUGUAGUACAGUCGAUAGAGUUCGAUUGACAGUUUCAGAAAUCUUUUAUUUUUAAUUUUUAAUGCUAUAGUCUUUUGUAUUUUGUAAAUACAUCUGCAUCUUACUGAUACCCGCGCUGGUGAGAUGAUGUCUUCUCCUCGUAAGUUUAGGGAGAGCUCCUGACAUGUUGACUUGCAGUACAUCUCACUACUCUGAGAGCACCAAGCUAAUGAGUAGCAUUAUUUUCUCUUCCCAUGGUGACUGUUUAGUUUGUGUUCUUUAAUCAAACAAGUCCAAACCCAAAGAAAGUUACCUAACCAUCCAGUCUGCAAAUGUCAAGAUCUGGAAAAUUUGAGACCGUUGCUUUCUCCACUCUUUCUUGCUUUUCCAGUCAACCUGGUUUUCCUUCCUUUUUUGACAGGUGCCAGUCUUUUCAUUUCCCCUUCCAGAUCCAGGUCCUGUAUCUAUAAAGAUGUGACAUGAGCGUUUUUCCUCUGACUGAAUUUAUUAAAUCAUCAAGUAAUUCCAGAAGGGAUCUCCCAACAUCUCCCUUUGCCUCAGUCCCUUGUGCGAAACUGUAUAUUUAGUGUGGUUAGCAAAUGAUAGACUGUGGCUAUUAAAUCACUCCCAUUCAUUCACAAUGCAUUUAUCCUUUGAUCUGUGUGCUAGUUACACAACAUGUUGCUGUAUUCUGAUUAAAACUCACUCGCCGACGGAAGAUCGGAGCAAGCGAUGAGUGCGAGACAACAUUUGUUUGUGUGACAGACAUUUAAAUGCAGUCUGAAGGGACAUCAGCCCCAUAGAGAUGCUUUGCAAUCUCUUGUACUGUCAAGUGCUUUGUGUUUUUCCUCUCUAAUACACAGUGAAAAGCAACAUUUCUCGUCUAAUCUCCAGCAACAACAUGCAACAAGGAUUACUGGGUGACCUUAUGUAACAGAUUUGCGUUAAACCUCGUCUCUCCACACCACACGAAUGUCCCCUCCGACCCUCACGGGCGCAAGACGCGAGUGAAUUGCCACUUCAACACAAGCGACUGUGCUCACAGACUUGUCCGAAUUAGCACUCUGCCACUUCCGAGUGAAUCCCUAAAGAGGAACCAGCAAAGAAUAAAGUCAACGACAUACAGUUCACUGCGUGACUGCAACAGGAGCAGUCUCUGAAAUUGAAUCCACGCUGUUGCACUCAGUCAGAGAGAAUGGACAAAAAGCUGCCACAACACGACAACCCUUAAUGCCACGCUAUGACUCCAAAGUCAGUACAGCAUUUAAAUGUCACAUCCACACAUACUGGACAGAGCGGAAGAGGGGAAGCCGGUGUUGUUGGCUGUAGCAGGAGUUGCCUAUUGAAAAAAAAACAGUUUUCCUUUAUUUUUGAUCCAGUUUUCAAAAUAUAAUCAUCAUUAAAUAAUCUUUACAAGCAUUUUUAUGUCUAAAAUUGAGCGCCAGUGUUUCUGAACAGGAUUGUCAACAGGGUUUCUUGUUAGGGGAGACAUAUUAUGCUUUUUCAGCUUUCCCCUUUCCUCUAGUGUGCUAUAUAGGUUUUUUUGUGUAUGUAAAAUUUCUGCAAAGUUAUAAAGCCCAAAGUCUGCAGUAAAGGGAGCUCCUCUCCCCGACGGAAAAAAACAAACACAUUUAGUGUCUAGUCUGGCACAGAGGCCUUGAGAGAGAGAGAGUAGUGGCAUCUCCGUUCACCCGGCCCAGUUUUUCCCCAGUAAUGGCGGAAAAUGGAGCCUCUCAAUAUUUUCCGGAAGUAAGUAGCAGCGCAUUGGAGUAGAAGCAGAAUGGAUCAAUGGACCGUCUGUGUUGCACUUGUGAAGGGUAAGACGUUUAAAUAAUCGGAUAGUAUAUUAUCAGCACAUCUAAAUCAAAUCGAAAUGCGCAUUAAGUGGAUUAUAAUUAUUUAUAAUUCAUUUAUGAUUCAAGAAACAUCUUGUCUAACUACAUACAGUAACUGCAUAGGCAUGUCAGUCUGCUUUAUUGUAAAUCAACACAUUUAUUGACUACUAAUUACCAAAAAAAUCGUGGUUCUGUCGCUCUCAGUAAUGGAUUCGAAUUGCGUGCCAAGCACUGCUUGGAACUAUCUGAAGUGAGUCCCGUGACGUGCAAACACUUCGGACUUUCGUUGUCAGGACUGUCAUUCUGGCACACCCCCAGCAAUCAGGCCAAUCAGAGCGAACUGGGCUUCAUCGGGAGGUUGGGCCUUAAAGAGACAGGAGCUACAGCCAAGUGUUUCAGACAGAGGCUGAAAAGAGGAGCUGCAGGAAUGGACAGUCUGAGGAAACUGAUGUGUUUACUGAACAUUAGGGAGUGUCAAUCUUCUCAAGUAAUAACCCAUAUUAAAAUUAUGAACCUGGAUAUGAGCAUGAUAUGUCUCCUUUAAGGGUUAGCUGAUCAAGUUCACUGCCUGUCACGUCUGUAUGUUAAAGCCACAGCCAGCAGCUGUGGUUAGCAUAGCUUAGCUUAGCUUAGCACAAAGGCAACAUUCCGAGACCCCUGGAAGUCACUCUGCAUCCAAGAAAUACAGUAAUCAGAGACCUUUUGCCUGUUAAUAUUCAAGUGGACAGAAGAGGAGAGAUUGGCUGCCGUAUGUUUGUUACGUAUAGAAGAUCGAGGAAUAAUGCAAAACAAUGAUCAGAGAAUGAACACUGGAGACAAACAGUGAUGACAUAUGAGACGUAAGAACGGUUUUCUACAUGUAGAUAGAUAUCCUAACCCAUUUCUACUAUUGCUGACUUUAGUUGAUGUCUGAUUUAAGUUUUUCAAAUGAGAGGCAUUUUGGCAAAGUGUUCAUAGUGAAGAAGGAUGGACACCGAAAUGUGACGAGAAUUAGGGUAAAAUACAUUCUGCUACUUUGACGCUGAGACCACACAAGUAGCUUGAAUAGCAGUAUUACAAAUGUGAAAUUGUGUUGACUGAUGCUACGAACUUCAAAUGAGAGUUUGCUUUAGCCAUGCUCAUAGGCUUUCUGUUUUCAUCACUGUAUUUGUUGUAUUGCUGUCAAUACAGGGUCUUUUUCUUUGUGGUCUGUGCCUCUUUGCUCAGUAUGAUUCAUGCUCCUUUAAAGGAUAUACAUGCUCACUGUACAUGACUAUUUUGUGAAAAAUAAAUAACAAAUGUGCUUAAU